CAAUUAUGCUUUCAAUCGCAGGCGCAGCAGCUGGUGCGCUUGCUAAGACUACGAUAGCGCCUUUGGAUCGGACAAAAAUUAAUUUUCAAAUACGCAAAGAUGUGCCCUUCUCAUUUCGCGCUUCAUUGCUCUAUCUGCAGCAGACAUAUAACAAGGAGGGUGUCCUAGCGUUGUGGCGAGGCAAUUCAGCUACUAUGGCACGCAUUGUGCCUUAUGCUGCCAUACAGUUUACCUCUCACGAGCAGUGGCGACGCAUACUGCAAGUGGAUCAAAAUGGCAGCAACACCAAGGGGCGUCGCUUUAUUGCUGGCUCGCUGGCGGGCAUUACAUCGCAAUCAUUAACAUAUCCCUUGGAUCUAGCGCGUGCUCGAAUGGCUGUGACGGACAGAUACACAGGCUAUCGCACAUUGCGUCAGGUGUUUGCUAAGAUUUGGGUUGAGGAGGGUCCCCGCACGUUGUAUCGCGGCUACUGGGCCACUGUGCUGGGAGUCAUACCCUAUGCAGGCACUUCAUUUUUCACAUACGAAACACUCAAGCGCGAGUAUCAGGAAAUGACGGGCAAUACAAAACCAAAUGCAUUAAUCUCACUAGCAUUUGGAGCUGCUGCUGGCGCGGCUGGUCAAACAGCGAGUUAUCCCUUGGAUAUUGUGCGUCGUCGCAUGCAGACAAUGCGUAUUAACACAAAUGCUCAAGAGCGUUGUCCCACUAUUUUAGAAAUUCUUGUUAAAAUCUAUCGCGAGGAAGGCUUUAAAAAUGGCUUCUACAAGGGCUUGAGCAUGAACUGGAUCAAGGGUCCCAUUGCCGUGGGAAUAAGCUUCUCCACGUAUGAUUUAAUUAAGGCUUGGCUGCGUGAGCUGUCGCAUUUAAAGCGGGGUCGGGUGGAAAAGUAGCUGCUCGCAACACUCAUACAUAUACUCACACACGGCCACACAAAUUGAAUAUACACCAAAAAGAGCAUACGCACUGCUUUCAGUCAUAAAAUUGAUGUGAUCAAAGCUCGCAUAGGAAAGCAGCAAACAAUAAUUGUUACAUAGAUAUUUUUAGUUGUUAGUUGUGAGGAGUUUAAAAUCAAGCGCUUACAUUUGUUAUUCAAAGAUAAUUAUUUGCUUUAAGCUAAAAGUAAAAACUAAUAAUAAUUAUACAUGCAUAUAUGUACAUAUGUGUAUAUUAAAAGUCUUUGUCAAAUGUCAACGCUACUACUGUAACCGUUACUACUGAAUUCGAUGCUUCAUUUUUAUACUGAAAGUCAUUACCUGGACAAUAACUUCACCACUAAACAUAACUAUUAUAUAUGUAAAAUUUAUAUUUGUUAAUUUCUUGAAAUUAUUUUGUGAAAUUUUCAAUACAUUGUAACAUAGGACACGAGGUAGCAGCAGCUGUAAGGAUAUUUUGUUUUUAUAUCUAGAUAGAGCCAUGAAUUUAUAAAUUAUUCUGCA